AGCCGCUUUCGUAGCAUAAAGGUUGCGCGCCCCGUUGGGCCGCCGGGCCGGAUGCAUCAGCAACAGCAAUGGAAUCAGUCAUGGAACGAUGGCUGGAGCAAGGGCUAUGAUCCAUAUCAAAGUUAUGGAAAAGGAUACGCAAGCUACGAUGACAGCUAUGGCGGCAGCUAUAGCGUACCUGAUUAUAGCCAUAGCAAAGGAGGUGGCUACAAUAUGACUUCAGAUAAGGGCGGCAAGGGACGACAGGAAGCCGAGUCUGGUGCGCCCAAAGAGAUUAAGGGCUUGGUGAGGUCCAUCAUCCAGGCACAAGCCAUGCCGGAUGGCCGUGGCAGUGAGGAGAGCACCAUCUUCGUGGCCGGACUGCCGUCGGACAUGACCAACCUGGAGAUGUAUCAACUCUUCUCAGCCUUCGGAGCCAUUGCACACCGAGGUGCUACUGCGCUGCAGGAUAAAGAAAGUGGAAAGUGCACAGGCAUUGGCUUUGUGAAUUUCAUCGAGUCUGACUCUGCGCAAAAGGCCAUUCGCGCUCUGAACAGCUUCCCCUUCUUGGAUGGAAGUUGGCUGACUGUCAAGAAAAAGGGUCCGCCCAAGGAGAAGGAACCCGAGAAAGGCGACAAGGGCAAGGGCGACAAAGGCAAGGGCGACAAAGGCGAAGGCAAAGGAAAGAAAGGUAAAGGGAAGAAAAGUGACCGGAAUUGAGUCCUGUAGCGCGCUGCGUGCGUUCUAGAUGCAGCCAGGGCAGUGUCCUUGCCGGUGCUUUGAUGGUAACAGAUCAUUUUGCCA